CUGAAGACAACGAUGAACAACCAAAGUGAUAAGGCAGGGAGGGUCGAGGGGAACAAAAUAAUAGCCCCAGAACCAGACAGUCGACAAGUCCCGUACAAAAUCAAAGAACGUGGAUAAGCAAAGCCAACGCCUUCUCUGUAACCUCCUACGAUCGAAACAAUCCCAACUGACCUGUCUUGUCCUGUCAAAAUCCUUCUGCCUCUGCACUUCCAAUCCUUUCAAACCCCUUCAAUUUUCACGACACAAGUAUUUUAUGGCGACACUGGCGAUUCUCGUUAAAGCAACUAAUUUCGCGUGAAUGGAGUCACGAAGUAGGCUCUCCAUUAUCUGCUCCCAUCUCCUCCCUGGCUCUCCCUCUCCGCCUUCACGUUUAUCUUCUUCCAUCACUUCUUCUGCCUCCAUUAAUGAUGCUGCUGGCGACACGAGGAAUCACCAACUAGACUGCGUUUUCUGUAGGAUUGUUCGCGGUGAAUCUCCUGCGUUUAAGCUUUAUGAAGAUGAGACAUGCCUGUGUAUUUUGGAUUCCAGUCCAUUGAGUCCCGGGCACUCUCUUAUCAUCCCAAAAUCUCAUUUUUCUUGCCUGGAAGCCACUCCUCCUUCUGUGGUAGCAGCAAUGUGUUCAAAGGUGCCUUCAAUUGGUAAUGCAAUCAUGAAAGCAAAUGGUUCUGAUUCUUUCAACUUGUUGGUAAAUAACGGUGCUGCUGCAGGCCAAGUCAUUUUUCAUACGCACAUCCACAUAAUCCCCCGUAAGGCGCGUGAUUGCUUAUGGACCACUGAGAGUUUGCGAAGGCGUCCCCUGAAUUUUGACCAGGAAGCUUCUCAACUUGUCAAUCGUGUUCGAGAGCAGUUAUCAAGCAUCUCUCCCGAAGACGGAAAAGAUCAAGAAUCUAGUCUCUCCUGAUCAGCAACGGUUAAAGAUCUUCUGAUACAUUGUCUGCAAACAUCGCGAGUCUGUACCGUAAGAGUAUACAGUACCAAUCCAUUCGUCUGGUUAGGCACCUUGAAUGAGAUGCAAUGGGUUGCUUUGUUCACUGGAAGUCUGGAACAAUCUGAUUCCAUACCCAAGAACAAUGAGGCUAAUUUCAUGUUUGCGCUUGGAAAGUGACCAGAAAGGGUACAGUUUUUCAAGAAUAGAUAGAGCACAGGUUGGAAUAACUGAUAGCUGCUGUCAUUUCUCAACACAGUUUUGUGGAACUUAAGCAGUUAUUUUGUCACUUUUACUAUAUAGCAAUGGCUUGUCAUAUGCUGGCAUCU